AUGAUCUCGCCUAUACUCGUCUCCUUAGUGGCGACAACUCUUGCCGUUCCUUUACAACGUAAGUGCAUUACUGUAUCGUCCGACUCAAUAUCUAUACUUAGUACAUUGAAAGAUAACAUUACAGUCUACAGUUCCGAUGUUUUUUCUGAAGGGGGGUGUGGGAUGAAAAAAAAUCGGGAAUAA